CAAAUUUAGUUAAUUUUGGACAAUAAACCUAAGAUGGAAAUGUUUUUUAGCCUUGGGCAUCAUAUGGUAGAAAAAUGGUAGCCUCUAUCAAAUGUAGUACAAUAAUAAUUUGUCUGAUAAAAAUGUAAACAUUACUGAUUUUAAAGUGAUAUGAAUGGACUGUCAAUUAUUAAGAACUAGGAUUCAUUAAAAUAACAAUAAUUGAUAAUCAUGGAGCUGUCACACAGUUUAACUUUGAACGAGGAGGCGCUAGCACAAAUUCCGGAAGCCAAACGGCCUGUAUUUAUUUUCGAAUGGCUCAGAUUUUUGGAUAAAGUGCUCGUAGCCGCUCAAAAGAACGAUAUUAAAGGAUGUCAAAAGCAACUGGUGCAGCAGUUGAUGAACCACAUCCAGGAAUCUCCUGGACCCCCGACUAGAAAAUUGAUAGCCAGAAGUCUUGCUACGUUGUUUUCUGUAGGGGAUACAUUUUUACUGUUCGACACUGUGAAUAAGUGUAAUGAUAUUUUAAAGAAUAAAGAUGACUCUCCGAGCUUUUUGCCAACAAGAUUGGCUGCAAUUUGUUGUGUGGGUACAAUGUAUGAAAAAUUAGGCAGAAUGAUGGGUAGAUCAUAUGAAGAAACAGUACAUAUCCUUAUUAAAUCAUUACGAAGUGCAGAAUCUCAGACCAGAAUUGAAAUAAUGUUAACUCUGGAGAAAGUAUGCGCCGGCAUGGGUAGUGCAAUAGCAAAUGUGCAUAAAGAAAUUUACAAAGCGGCGAGAAACUGCCUGAUCGACAGAGUAAUGGCGGUGAGAUGUGCUGCCACAAGAUGCUUGCUGGAAAUGCUAAAUCAUGCACACUUUUUGUACACCACCGAACUAGAGAGUCUGGCAACACUGUGUUUUAGAGCAUUCGAUGGGUCUAACUACGAAGUUAGAUGUGCUGUAGCCAAAUUGUUGGGCGCCCUUGUAGCUAUGACACAGCAAAGUCAAAAUAAUAUCAACAAAAAUAAUCAUUUGAAGGGGGUGAAAUUGGUUUCCCUUGAUGAAGCACUCAGUAUACUAAUGUCAGGGUUCCUCAGGGGCGGAGUUGGGUUCUUGAAAGGCACAGGGGAAAUAAUCAAGGGAAGUUCAGGAGUUAACAGAGAAGUCAGAGUGGGAGUUACACACGCGUACGUGACGUUCGUGCAAAUCCUUGGAAGCGUGUGGCUGGAAAGAAACAUGAAGACAUUCCUGUCGCACAUACUCUACUUGGUGGCCAAUCCGAAGGCCGCUUCUUCGCACGUCGACGCGGUCUAUUCGAGAAAAUGCAUCAACUUCAUACUGCGCAGCAUUUUGGGCAAAAUGUUGGGCGAAAAGGCGCAGACGUCGUCGUGCAAAGAAGUCGCCCAAAUAAUCGUCAAAGAAAUGAAUUCCAUCGAUUUUAACCCGGAGAACGCGAAAGAUUUUAAUCAAGAGACUUUGUUCAGUCAGCACCUUUUGGUUUGCUCCCUGCAGGAAAUCGGCUGCCUCGUGCUCAGUUUGGGCACCACUGCGCAUGAUCUUAUCACCGACAAUACGCUCAAUUUGAUAGAUGUCACUGUGAGCGUUUUGGUGCACCCUUGCCAGGCUGCCAGGUUGGCUGCAGCCUGGUGCUUGAGGUGCAUCUGCGUGGCAGUACCCUCCCAAAUAUCGCCGCUGAUCGACCGCUGCGUGAACGGCAUAGAACAAUACAGAACCUCUCCGGAGGCGAUUUCCGGCUACAGCGCAGCGCUGGCCGCCGUUUUGGGCGGGGUCAAGCUCUCUCCCCUCGGAGUGCCCCACAUGAAGGGCAAAAUCAUUUUCAACACGGCCGAAGAGCUGCUGAGAAGCGCAAGCCAAAAUAGCAGGCUCUCUUUGAACAGAACUCACGCCGGUUGGCUUUUAAUCGGGGCCAUCAUGACGCUGGGAAUACCUGUGGUCAGAGGGUUGUUACCUAGGAUGUUGCUGCUGUGGAGGAACUCGUUCCCCAGAUCUGCCAAGGAAUUGGAGUCGGAAAAGGCAAGGGGGGACAUUUUCACCUGGCAAGUCACCCUGGAAGGCAGAGCGGGGGCUUUGUCGGCAAUGCACAGCUUUCUCCACAACUGCCCCGAGUUGGUCAACGAGGACACCAACAGGAGACUUUUGGCGCCCAUCGAAAGCGCUUUGGCUAUGCUAACCAAUAUACAAGGUGUUCUGAAAACUUACGGGCAACAACUUAAGGCGCCAGCGGCUAUGGUUAGACUUAGACUCUGCGAGACUCUAUUAUUAUUGCAACCGCAAUGCUAUGAAAGUUCUUACACCCAUUUGCUGCGUAUGUUGGUGGCUGAAUUCACCCUUACGGAAAACUCUGCAAACACAACCACAUCUCAGCUAAGAACUGUUUGCCAUGCCGACGAUUCGGUUAUUUUGGGCACAUGGCUGCAAGAAACUGACCACAGAACCAUAGAAGAUCAGAUGGAGCCUAACCGCAGGGCAGACGGUGAACAUCUUCAACCCAAUAGUGCUGCAGGAUCUGGAGCCCUAGAACACGACCCUUGUUGUUUAUACCGCUCCAUCGCCCAGAGCGAAAUCAUUCCUGGUCCUCUACCACUAGGCGUUGCCGUAAUCGACAUAUCGGUAUUAUUGUUCGGGCAGAUAUUCCCGAGGGUCACCAACAAACACAGAGUCCAAAUGAUUGAGCAUUUCUGCGAAUGCAUCAAACACGCGAGAAGUACGCGACAGGAGGCUGUGCAAAUGAACGUGUUCACAGCUUUACUGAGCGGAUUAAAAGGUUUGACGGAGGCCAAACUUAACUUGGGCCAGGAGGACAUCAAAAAAGCGGCUGUGAAUCUAAUAAUCGGCGCUCUCACGUCCUCGAACCCCAUUCUGCGCUGCGCAGCCGGCGAGGCUGCCGGCCGCAUGGCGCAGGUGGUGUCCGAUCCGAAGUUCACCGCUGAGCUCGCGCAAACCAGCUUCGAUCGGCUGAAGUCGGCCAGAGACGUCGCCAGCCGCACCGGGCAUUCCCUCGCUCUGGGCUGCCUGCACCGAUACGUGGGCGGCAUGGGCUCCAGUCAGCACCUCAACACCAGCGUCUCCAUCUUGCUGGCGCUCGCGCAGGACCAAACGUCGCCGAUCGUGCAGGUUUGGUCGCUGCACGCUCUGGCUUUGAUAGCGGACUCCGGCGGGCCCAUGUUCAGGGGUUACGUCGAGCCCAGCCUGUCUCUCGCCCUGAAAUUGCUGCUGAACGUGCCGCAAUCGUACAUCGACGUCCAUCAGUGCAUCGGCAAGGUUUUGUCCGCGUUGAUUACAACGAUUGGGCCGGAGCUGCAAGGAAAUACGCCCAGUAUAUGCACUGCCAGAUCGUCGUUUUUGUGCGCUUGCGCCAUAAUGCAAGACCAUCAAGAUCCUUUGGUGCAAGCCGAGGCCACUGGAUGUUUACAACAGCUACACCUAUUCGCACCUAGACAUGUCAACUUAUCGUCUCUAGUACCAACGUUAUGCAGAACACUAUCGAGCAACCAUUUAUUACUGCGGAAGGCCGCGAUAUCAUGCUUAAGGCAGUUGGCGCAGAGGGAAGCCAAAGAAGUCUGCGAGCACGCAAUGACUUUGGCGAGCGAAAGCCGAGAUCACAACACAGUAGAGGGUCUUCUAAUAACAGAGACAGGCCUUCCGGGGGUGUUUUUCAGCAUGCUGGACACCGAGACCGAUGCGGCCUUGAUAAAAGACAUCCACGACACCAUAAUAAGCAUGCUGCAAGUUUUGGCGGCCGACAAUCUGUCGCAGUGGCUCGGUUUGUGUAAAGACGUGCUAACUGUGGCUACGGAAUCGUCGGAGGAGCAAAAUUUGGCCUCCAACGAAGGCGACGACAACGAAACCGAAGCUGACGACGAUCAAGAGGAGUUUCACGCCGAAGAAAACGAUUCUUCGCACCCCGCUGUGCAGCCUAGAUGGCCCACAAGAGUUUUCGCAGCCGAAUGCGUUCGCAAAAUCAUUGCUGCGUGCGAGUUUAACAGCAAAGAUUUGAUUUUGGCCAAGGAGAUGCAACAUAAUAGGGGAAAACCGGAUUUUUUGGUUCUGCACUUGCCCGACUUGAUUCGAAUGGCUUUUAUCGCAGCUACGAGCGAUUCAGAUCCGCUUCGAAUGGAAGGUUUGAAGACUCUGCAGGAAAUCAUCGAUAAGUUUGCUAAAGUGCCGGAACCGGAGUUCCCCGGUCAUUUAUUGUUGGAGCAGUAUCAAGCGCAGGUGGGGGCAGCUUUGAGACCGGCAUUUUCGCCCGACACUUCGUCGCAUGUUACCGCAGCUGCGUGCGAAGUUUGCUCGACUUGGAUUGGGUCUAACGUCGCGAGAGAUUUAAACGAUUUACGAAGGGUGCAUCAGUUGUUGGUCUCCUCGCUGACUAAGCUUCAGAACAGGACGAGUGUCACGCAGCUGUACAACGAGAGUUUGUCGACGUUGGAGAAGCUGGCAAUACUGAAAGCCUGGGCUGAAGUGUACAUAGUGGCUAUGAACGCCACAGUGACAACAGCUCAGACUCCGAUUAACGACAACGAGUUCACUGACUUUGAGUUCCGAGGCGAGAGCCUUUUAACGCUGGUGCAACCGGAGCUGAUCGGUUUGUCGAGGCAUUGGCUGGCCGCGUUGAAGGACCACGCUCUACUCUCGCUUCCCAACGAGUUUUCCAGCCAGCUUCCGCACGACGGCGGCGCUUUUUACACCAACGAGACCAUGGAGUCGGCCAGGCCGCACUACGUCUCCUCCUGGGCGCCGAUCCUGCACGCGGCCGCGCUCUGGCUGAACGCCGAGUGCUUCGAGAAGGAAAUCAACAACGACAACGCCUUGAAUAACAACCCGGCGGCUCUCGACAACUCCGCCGACAAGUUCCACUUGCUCUUCGGGAUUUGCAUGGAGGCCCUGUGCGCCGCGAAAUCCAUCGAACCCAUCGAAAGCAUUAUAACGUGCAUGCAGGCCCUUCGCACUCUGCUGGACACCGUUUUCACUCGAGAGUUGCUGAUGAGCGACGAAUCGCUCGCCAUUGAGCUGUGCAACGUGCUGCACCGAUUGAUUUUGACCAAGGACAACCACGAGUUGCAGCUGCUUUGCAUGGAGGUGUUGAAUCGGGUGUGCAAGGCGGCCGGAGAGGAGUUGGACGAGAAGAAGCGUCGGAAGCGGAAGGAAGACAACUCGUUCGAUCUGGAUUUGCUCGGGGAAGGGGGCGAGCAGGGCAAACUAACGCCCGGCAAAUCUCUGGUUUUUUCGGUGCUCGAGGUGUGUUUGUGUCUGCUUAUAAGGCAGCUGCCGUCGUUGAGCCCGACCCCGAACUCCACCAUCGUAAACUCGUUGAGGAUAAUGCAGAACAACGAACAGUCCGGGGAGUUGAUAGCGGCCUCGAUUACCAGCAUGCAAGGCUUGAAUAAGUUGUGCUCGCCCCAGGGCGCCCUCUCCAUCCUACCCACGAUACUGUACUUGACCACGGGCGUGAUAAAAGAAGUGGCGACGAAGAACGUGAACGACGUGACCAUUCUGGCGAACAAUCCUUCCGUGCAAGCGGCUCUGCAUUGCUUGAAAAUUCUGGCCACCGAUUCCUACUCCGAACACGAACAAUGGCAGAAAUUGUUGCAAAGUGCCCUAGCGAAAAUUAUAGAUCUAGCCAAAACGAGCGAUGAAAACAAGUUGGACGAAGUUACCAUGAUGUUGGCUAUAGCGGUGUUCGUUUUGCACGCCCCUGGCAAAGUGGUGACUGCCCCUAACUUGCAGUACCCCUGCAUCAACCAUUUCAGGCAGUGUUUGCAGAGCUCCAACUCGACGGUAAAACUCAAGUGUGUUAAGACGUUAAAAUCUCUGUUCGCCCAUCCUGAUAGAGCGGUUGCCACCCCGUACAUACACACUUUGGCGCCUCAAUUAGUGGAAUAUCUUUACUCGGAUUCGGCAAGAAAAAUAUUUUCCGAUGGCGAGCUCGCCGUGACUCUGGAAACCAUAGUAACGAUAGAAUCCCUUAUUGGUUUAGCAGAACUACAAAACAGAAUACAAAUGUUGUCUCUAUUGGUCCCAGUUCUGGUAAGUUAUUUGUUGGUCGAGCAGGCUCUCCGUUCUGCCAACAAAUAUUCCCUUCAACUUCAUGAAGUUAGUUUGCAAUGGUUGAUGAAAAUCGGUCCUAAAUAUCCACAGGAAUUUAAAAAGUUGAUGGGUCAAAGCGUUGACCUUAGGACCAAAUUGGAAAAUGCGAUAAGGUCCAACCAACAGACAAACGUUAAAGUUAAAAAUGAGGCAAACAUAAGUCAACCGGUAUCAAAUCAUGCCCCAACUAUAAAACUAAAAACCGAUUUCAGUAAUUUUUCCUAAAUAAUGUAGAGAUUGUUUAAAUACUUUUUAUUUCUCAAUCCUUUUAAUUUUUUUGGUGCUUCUUUUAACCUUUUUUUAUAUAUAUUUGUAUAAAAGAGUUAUUUAUUUGUAUAUUGAAUUAAUAGACUAUAGUAUACAUUCAACUUGUUUUAUAUAAAUUCUCCAAUGACUGAAAUGUAGUUCAAGUUAUACAUAUUAAUUUUUUUCAAUCUUUUUUUAUCUAUUAAAUCCCAAUAUAUUAGAAUAAGUGUACUGAUUAGACUACCAACAAAUAAAAUAAUAGAAAGAAUAUUCAAAUUAAGCGCUAUUUAUUUCAACCAAUCAUCAUAUUACACCCAAAAACCGUUAUUCAUCCCUCCCAAUUAUUCGUAUUAUUUCCCCUUAAAACCCGACCAAUCAGCAAGAAUAUCUCAUUUUAUGCCCAUAUAAGGUAACGCGUUAUCACCAAUUAAAAUUAAUUAUCCCAGAACAUCUCCUUUUGUUUUUCCCUCCACCGGCGUAAAAAUUACACUCCCUGUUCAUUUGGUUCGGG